CGACGUUGCUGACUGGUGGCGGUGGAGAGAGGGCUGUGCAGGAUGCCGCUUCUGGUUAACGACCAACCCGUCAGUUUACCUUCGUCCACUGAGGAGUUCAUUAAACGUUAUCCCAAGUUAAAGGAAGGUGCAGAAACUUUGAAAUUGAAGCCAGCUCUCAAGGUAGGCCCUAAAGGUCUUCUAUAUAUUCAGCAAAGGGAAUUUGCAGCAACAACUCCUCAGGAUGACUCUAUUUCUAUACUUGGAACAGAAGAUGCAACUACUUGCCAUAUGGUGGCUCUGCGACACACAGGGUGUGGAGCAACAGCUUUGGGACACUGUGAUGGAACAGAUACAGCAAUGUCUGUGUCCAAAAUGCUAAAUGCUGUCAAGUCCUUGUCAGAUGGAUUCAGUAAUGGAAGAUAUGAAGUUCACCUAGUAGGAGGUUUCAUGGACGAACAGUUGCUAUCUCGGAAGCUCACCCUAGAACUGCUUGAAGUUCUCAACAGUCAGUCAGAGAACAUUCAUUUGGAAACCUACUGUGUAACAGAGCUUAAUGAUGUAAUCAAGCAAUCUAUUCACUGGCCUGUGAUAUAUGGAAUAGCUACAAAUGUGAAAACUGGUGAGAUCUUUCAAGCAACCUUCCCGGACAGAGGUCCAGAUGAGGGUCUUCGUUCUGCACGGACUUUUCUAGGAGGUUCUAUGAUGUCAAUUUAUGAUGCAAAAGCAGAAGAGUUGCAGAUUGAACCGUAUGAGUGGAGUCCAUUUCCAAAUACUGAGUUCUGGUUGCAGCAGCCUGAUCAUUUGAUAUUAGAGUAUUUUUCAACAUCUCCUCUGGUUGAACCCCCACACUUUGUAGAACACUUGAAGACCACUUUCAAAUUUCUAAGUGCUGUUCCAGAAGAGACACUGUUUCCUCAGUGCAAGUCCAGGAACUACAAAAAAACUGCAGAUGGUGGUUGGCUGAGGCUCCACAGUGCAAGCUAAAUUUUUGUACUUACUCACUCCCAAAUCUAUCCUUCCUAAUUAUUAAGAGUUGAACAUGAAGGCUUGACUUCAUGCAACAAAAUUGAUAUUUCCAUUUAAUUAACUUGUUACUAAGUAUUCUUGUUGGGCUUCUGUAGUUUGUCAACCACAAUAUUGAAAAAUCACACUGCUGCACUUCUUUGGAGUUAUUAUGCCAGAGGUUUGAGGAGGGUCCAUGUGGAAAUUAUUUGGAAUAAUUUUAUUGAUGCUUACAUUUAUAGUGAAUAAUAAAAUUUACUUGACUUUCUGUAGUAUAUAGCUUUUUGAAUUAUUCCUGAACUGUUACUCCCCAUCAGUCUCUGGAAA